CCCCCACCUGUUCUUGCAGAGAAAAGGAGAGGUCACCCACAUCUACAUCUACCCUACACAUCUGCUGAGUUCCAAUUCCAUUUUCUCUCUGUUUACUGUCCAAAGUCCUGGACACUGGAGAUGCCAGGUUCGACCUGCUAGGACACACAGAUGCAAAGACUAGAGCACAGGGUUGCAGGACCCUUGUAUGGACCUGCCCCACCCCUCUUGCCACUGUCUAGGGUUCUCCAUACAGCCGGGUUCUCCAGCUUUUAGCCCUCUCACUAACCGGACAUCCAUUGACCACUGAGGGACCCAGGAGUCGGCCUCAAGACCUCCAGCAAGUAAAAAGGGGAAGACUGAGGGGCCUCAACCUAAGCCCCAGGCCUAGCCAGCUCUACCAUGACAAAGGAGUACCAGGACCUUCAGCAUCUGGACAAUGAGGAAAACGAGCAUCAGAUCAGAAAAGGGGUGCCUCCACCACAGUCACUCCUCCAGCGACUCUGCUCUGGACCCCGCCUCUUCCUACUGUCGCUGGGCCUCAGCCUCCUGCUGCUGGUGGUUAUCUGUGUGAUUGGAUCCCAAAACUCCAAGCUGAAGGAGGAGCUACAGGCACUGACAGAGACUUUCAGCAACUUCACUGCGACCACGGAGGCUGAGGUCAAGGACUUGACCCACCUGGGAGAAAGUGUGGGCAAAAAGAUGAAGUCCCUGGAGUCCCAGCUGGAGAAACAGCAGCGCAACCUGAAAGAAGAUCACUCCUCCUUGCUGCUCCAUGUGAAGCAGUUUGUGUCUGACCUGCGAGGCCUGAGCUGCCAGAUGGCCAUCCUCCACGGCAAUGCCUCUGAAAAGUCCUGUUGCCCUGUGAACUGGGUGGAGUACGAGGGCAGCUGCUACUGGUUCUCACGGUCUGGGAAGCCCUGGCCUGAGGCUGACAACUACUGCAAGCUGGAGGAUGCCCACCUGGUGGUGGUGGGCUCCAUGGAAGAGCAGAGAUUUGUCCAGCACCAUGCAGGUCCUGUCAACACCUGGAUAGGCCUCACUGACCAAAAUGGGCCUUGGAGAUGGGUGGAUGGGACUGAUUAUGAGAAGAGCUUCAAGAACUGGAAGCCAGAUCAGCCAGAUGACUGGUACGGGCAUGGACUUGGAGGAGGUGAGGACUGUGCCCAUUUCACGGUUGAUGGCCCCUGGAAUGAUGACUUCUGCCUGAGGCCCUACCGCUGGGUCUGUGAGAUAGAGCGGAACCACAUCAGCUAAGAGCCUCCUCUCCCCCUAAUUUAUUUCCUUAACACCUUCACCUGCUAAAGGGGCCAGGCCUGCACCUGCUUCUGUUUGAGAUCCUCUUCCAUAUUUUUGGACUUUUUCCUAAGAAGGGAAAAGGAAGGUGUCUGAGGAAUGUAGAAUGCUGUCUGGAGUGGUGGGACGCUGAAACCCAUCCCAAUUUCUGUAGCUUGCAGGUCGUUACUGUCAACUUUUUUUUUUUUUUAAGAGUAAAAGAGAAAUACAGUUUAAAUCUGUGA